UGUGUCUCAGUCUGUACAGCAGGAAUGAGAGCAACGCGACUCUCUCCACCAAAACACAGAAAAUAAACCGCGGCGAAUGGGUAUUGAUCAUUUUUGCAGCGUGGACGGCUCUGACCCUUUCUGGGAUUGGAACCGCACAUGGCACACACACAAUCCAGACUUGACCCAGUGUUUUCAGAACACACUGCUGGUCGUGGUCCCCUGUUUCUACCUCUGGCUCUUUGCACCGUUCUACUUCUUGUACCUCAAAAGCCAUGAUCGUGGAUACAUAUGUAUGACCCACCUUAAUAAAGCCAAAACAGUUACAGGGUUUUUGCUGUGGAUUAUCUGCUGGGCAGAUGUUUUUUACUCUUUCUGGGAAAGAGGCCACGGAGUCGCGAGCGCUCCCGUUUACCUAGUGAGCCCCACGAUCCUUGGCAUCACCAUGUUGCUGGCGACAUUGUUGAUCCAGUAUGAGCGGAUAAAGGGAGUCCAGUCCUCUGGGAUAAUGCUGAAUUUCUGGCUUGUUGCUACAGUGUGUGCCACAGUUACCUUCAGAUCCAAAAUCCUGCAGGCUGUGAACGAGCCGGAGACUGUCAAUGUGUUCAGAUACAGCACCUUCUACAUCUACUAUGCCCUGCUGCUGAUCUCGCUCAUCCUGUCCUGCCUCUCAGACCAGCCUCCGCUUUUCUCUCAGGCAGUCAAGGACUCGAAUCCGUGUCCAGAGGCUGGAGCUUCCUUCCUCUCCAGGAUCAGCUUCUGGUGGAUCACAGGGCUGAUGGUGCAGGGAUACAAAAGGCCUUUGGAGGAGAAGGAUCUGUGGUCUCUAAAUGCAGAGGAUCGUUCUCAUACAGUGGUGCCACAGCUGGUGCGGCGCUGGGACCAUGAAUGCAGCAAGGGCAAAAGGACAGAUGAUAAGACCAUGUAUUCCCCCAAGCGGCCAUCGAUGGCUGAGAAGAAAGAUGGAAGGCCGGUAGAAGAGUCUGAGAUUUUGCUCAUUAAAGCACCUCAGAAAAGUGGGGACCCCUCACUCUUUCUAGCACUCUGCCGGACGUUCGGCCCUUACUUUCUCGUCAGCUCCAUCUACAAGAUCAUCCAUGACGUUCUAAUGUUCGUAGGACCGGAAAUUCUCAGGCUGUUGAUCCAGUUCGUGAAUGACUCUGACGCCCCCUCCUGGCACGGCUACUUUUACACAGCGCUGCUGUUUGUGUGCACCUGCUUUCAGACUCUCAUCCUGCAGAAAUAUUUUCACGUGUGUUUUGUGACUGGAAUGAGGCUGCGCACAGCUAUUGUAGGUGCAGUCUACAGGAAGGCUCUGGUGAUCACGAACGCAGCCCGCCGCACCUCCACAGUUGGAGAGAUCGUGAAUCUGAUGUCAGUAGACGCUCAGCGUUUUAUGGAUCUUAUCACCUACAUCAACAUGAUCUGGUCUGCUCCACUUCAGGUCAUCCUGGCCCUCUACUUCCUCUGGCAGAAUCUGGGUCCAUCUGUGCUGGCUGGAGUUGCUGUGAUGGUCCUGAUGGUUCCAGUAAAUGCAGUUAUAGCAAUGAAAACCAAAACCUACCAGGUCGCUCAGAUGAAGAGUAAAGACAACAGGAUAAAGCUGAUGAAUGAGGUUCUGAAUGGCAUUAAGGUCCUGAAGCUGUACGCAUGGGAACUGGCAUUCAAAGAUAAAGUGUCUACCAUCAGAGAGAGUGAACUGCGUGUGCUGAAGAAAGCUGCUUACCUGGGUGCCAUCUCCACCUUCACCUGGGUCUGCGCUCCAUUCCUGGUUGCUCUCUCUACGUUUGCUGUGUACGUUCUGGUGGACGAGCACAAUGUCCUCGACGCUCAGAAAGCCUUUGUGUCUCUGGCUCUGUUCAAUAUCCUGCGCUUUCCUCUCAACAUGCUACCCAUGGUCAUCAGCAGCAUGGUGCAGGCCAGUGUAUCUAUGAAACGUCUGCGAGUGUUUCUGUCUCACGAGGAGCUGGAUGAGAACAGUGUUGAUCGCAGAGCUAUUACUGGCUCUGCAGAUAGCAUCAGGAUUGGGGAUGGUGCUUUCAGCUGGUCUAAAGAGGACCGUCCAGCUUUGAAGAGGAUUAACGUUCGUAUCCCUGAGGGAGCACUGGUUGCUGUGGUAGGUCAUGUUGGGUCAGGGAAGUCAUCCCUGCUGUCAGCCCUGCUGGGGGAAAUGCACAAACAGGAGGGAGAUGUGUCCAUUAAGGGUUCUGUAGCAUACGUUCCUCAGCAGGCGUGGAUCCAGAACGCCACACUGCGGGAGAACAUCAUGUUUGGGCAGGAGAAGAAGGAGAGCUGGUAUCAGAAGGUGCUGGAGGCGUGUGCUCUGCUACCAGACCUGGAGAUCCUGCCUGGAGGAGACACCACUGAGAUCGGAGAGAAGGGUGUAAACCUGUCGGGUGGUCAGAAGCAGAGGGUGAGUUUAGCCCGAGCUGUUUACUGUGACUGCUCAGUUUACCUGCUGGAUGACCCGCUGUCUGCUGUGGAUGCUCAUGUGGGGAAGCACAUUUUUGAAAAGGUCAUCGGGCCACAAGGUGUUCUUCAAGGACGGACUCGUGUUCUGGUGACCCAUGGGCUAAGCUUCCUGCCCCAGGCUGAUCUGAUUCUGGUGAUGGUGGACGGAGAGAUCACUGAGACGGGCUCAUACACAGAGCUGCUCAAUCGUCAGGGAGCCUUCGCUGACUUCCUACGCACCUACGCCAAUGCUGAGCAGGAUGGAGAGCCUGAUGGGAUGACGGAGGAGGGAGGAGAGCAGGAGGAGGAGAGUGGGCAGUCUGAAGACGGAGCUCCACGGAAAACACUGGAGAACGGAGGUCCUGCGGCUGUGCUGAGACAGAGCCAGAGCUCCCUAAACACACCUGGAGCGGCUAAGCCACAGCAGAAAGCUGAGAGUAACGACACCCAGGCCAAGAAGACCAAAUCUCCUGAUGCUGCCAAACUGACCGAGGCUGACAAAGCCAACACAGGCAGGGUAAAACUGGCAGUGUUUUGGGAGUACAUGAAGGCCAUUGGAGUGUUUCUGUCCUUCAUCAGCAUCCUCCUCUUCCUUGCUCAUCAUGUGUCAUCUCUGGGUUCCAACUACUGGCUCAGCCUGUGGACGGAUGAUCCGGUCAUCAAUGGCACUCAGCCUUCCAGAGAGAUGCGACUGGGGGUUUAUGGAGCCUUGGGACUCUCACAAGGCAUCGCCGUGUUCUGUUACUCCAUCUCCGUCUCCAUCGGUGGGAUCCUGGCCUCACGUUAUCUGCACGAGACCAUGCUCUACAAUGUCCUGAGGUCACCCAUGUCCUUCUUCGAGCGCACGCCCAGCGGGAACCUGGUCAACCGCUUCGCUAAAGAGACUGACACCAUCGACUCGGUGAUUCCGAGCAUCAUUAAGAUGUUCAUGGGCUCCAUGUUCAACGUUCUGGGUUCAUGUGCCGUCAUUCUCAUAGCCACUCCCCUUGUGGCCAUCAUCAUCCCCCCUCUGGGACUGCUCUACUUCUUUGUACAGCGUUUCUAUGUGGCGUCCUCAAGGCAGCUGAAGCGUCUGGAGUCAGUGAGUCGUUCUCCGGUGUAUACUCACUUUAACGAGACGCUGCUGGGUACUAGUGUAAUUCGGGCGUUUGGUGAGCAACAGCGCUUUAUUGGGGAGAGUGACCGCAGAGUGGACCACAACCAGAAGGCCUAUUUCCCCAGCAUAGUCGCCAACAGGUGGUUGGCUGUGCGGUUGGAGUUUGUGGGUAACUGUAUUGUAACGUUUGCUGCACUGUUUGCUGUGAUGGCCAGAGCCAAUCUGAGUCCCGGCAUUAUGGGGCUGUCCAUUUCCUACGCCCUACAGGUAACUGCCUCUCUGAACUGGCUGGUGAGGAUGUCCUCUGAGGUGGAGACCAACAUCGUGGCUGUGGAGAGGGUAAAGGAGUACGAAGACACGGAAAAAGAGGCUGAGUGGAAGCUGGAGCAGUCCUCAGUUCCUGCUGGCUGGCCAACUGCUGGACACAUCGAGGUCCGAAACUUUGGCCUGCGGUACAGAGAGGACCUGGAGCUGGCCAUCCAUGACAUCACAGUCAUAAUUGAGGGUGGAGAAAAGGUGGGAAUUGUGGGAAGAACAGGUGCAGGGAAAUCAUCUUUGACACUCGGGUUGUUCCGCAUCAUUGAGGCAGCGCAGGGAGAGAUCUGCAUCGAUGGAGUAAACAUCGCUAAUCUGGGCCUCCAUGAUCUCCGCUCACGCAUUACCAUCAUUCCACAGGACCCGGUUCUGUUCUCCGGUUCUCUGCGGAUGAAUCUGGACCCGUUCGAUGGUUACUCUGAUGAGGACGUGUGGAGAGCUCUGGAACUCGCUCAUCUGAAGAACUUUGUGUCCGGCCUGCCAGACAAACUGAACCACGAGUGUUCAGAGGGAGGAGAGAACCUGAGUCUGGGUCAGAGGCAGCUGGUGUGUUUGGCUCGAGCUUUACUGAGGAAGACGAAGAUUCUGGUUCUGGACGAGGCGACGGCAGCUGUGGAUCUGGAGACGGACAACCUGAUCCAGUCCACCAUCCGCACUCAGUUUGAGGACUGUACUGUUCUGACCAUCGCCCACCGUCUCAACACCAUCAUGGACUACACCAGGGUUCUGGUUCUAGAUAAAGGCAAGAUGGCAGAGUUUGAUUCACCUGCCAGUCUCAUCGCCAAGAAAGGAAUUUUCUAUAAGAUGGCCAAAGACUCCGGUUUGGUCUGAUAAAAGAGCCUCAGUGUAGAACUGUGCUAGUUCUGAAACACCGCUGUGGGUGGAGCCUGAGUCGUGGUAACCACUGAUUGGAAACCACUGAUUGGCAGCCUGAGCUCCACUAGAGUCCUUUUGUUUCAUUAUUUCUUUGUUUUAUCUGCUGCUGGAGUAGCUGUUACUGUAGCGCCCCCUACUGUGAGCCUCUGCUGCUCACUAGCAGCUCACACUAGAGAGAUGCUUUAGUAAGGUUUUGAAGGAAGAAAAAAAAAAAGUUUGAUUUAAGACUUAAGCUAUUUUUGGAUGCCUGUUUGUUUGUUUAUCUUUGAAAGGUGAGUUGGGGGUGAACCGCAUGAGUCAGACUCGAGCGUGGUUCCCGAGCGAGAGGCUGUGUGAUGGUGGUGGUUGGUUUUUUUUUUAGUUGGACUGUUUUUGAGUUCAGAACAAACAGAUCUUUCUUAUUGUGCAAUGUUAAUGAUGUCAGAGCGACGAGCGCCAGCGCCGCCGUCUGGCCUACCUCCCUCAGCACUGUCCAUUACACACACGGGGCUUGGAGCCAAGCCAAAGACUUGAAAACCAAGAAUCUAGAAGUUCUCCAAAGGUUUAAUCUGAGAGAGAUCCGGGUUCCUCAGAGCAUCACUUAAAAACUGCUGAUCAUCAAAGAAACUCCCUGACUUUAUUUACACACGUCAAAGCAGAUCAGAGUAGAUUUCAGUAAUUUUCAGAUCUGAAUCUGCAGACUGAACAUAAACAUAUGAGUUCUAUACUAAAGUAAUUUACAGAUUAUAAUUCACCUUUUUCUUGUAUUUUUUCUAUUAAUAGUAAAAUUGGUGGUGUAUUAGAUGUAGUGUUGGAGUAUUGAGAGCUUGAACUACUGCACUGGUACAUAAACUAAUAUUAAUAUGGACUAAUAUUGUGUAUAUAGCUGUAAUAAUGUACUAUUAUUUUAACAAACAAAAAAAUACAGCCGCUGUUUAUUUACAUAUAUUUUUAUUUAUUUACUGACAUUCAUUUACUGUAAAUGAAAAAAUAUAUAGCAACACUAUAUUUUAUAUAUAAUUGUGAUUCAUUCCAAAAUGCUUUAUGUAUUUUUUUUUUUUUUUUUUAUGAUGCCAUAAUAUGCCAUAAUUGGAGUGGACAUAUACAAUACAAUAUCUUAGACUUACUUCUUUUCAGAAUCUUUAUACACAGAACUGUGAUAACAUUUUGGAAUUAAACACUUUGUGUAUAUUAUAAAUAAAUAAAUAAAUAGGGUUCUAAUUAAGUCACAUCAAUAAGUAAUCUCUUACACAGAUUAACUACUAACUGUCUGAAGUGGCUGGGUGUUUAGGUGAUGCUCUGCUCCCUGAGCAGCUCUCAGAAAAGAACUGAACCCUAAAAACUCCACGUUCUUCAAAACUGAUCUGCCUCCUCCUUUCAUUCUGAAUGUAAUCUUUAUUUAGAUGCCUCAUUUAACCCUUUUCUAUAUUUAUAUCUCAUUUCUCUGAGUUUUAGUUGUUGUUUGUUUUAACCAAAAGAAAGCGCUCCCUCUGCAGAUCAGCUCCAGCACUGCUGACUCGCUGCUGGAGGGCGGAGUCAGUCCAGACAAGUUAUUCAUAUCCAUAUUUGUACAUGAGGGUCAGCACAGGUCACCUUUUGUGGCCUGAUUUGUGUGUGUGUGUGUGUGUGUGUGUGUGUGUGUGUGUGUCGAGGUGUUUUCUCUCUCUGGUGCAGCAACACAUAAACAGCUAGCCUUUUUCGUACUGUACUGAAGGUCAGUCAGUGAGACGCGUCUCUGCUCUGUCUUCUGUACAGACCUUUAAAAUCACAUCGUUGUUGUGUUUUGAGUACGACACCUGAUUUGUUACAUAUUUAUAUUAUUUGUAAGCGUAUGACUAUAAUUUGAUAUUUGUAUAAUAUACACGCACUAGUUUUUAAGUGUGCUUACUUUCAUGAAUCAAAAUGUAAAGAGUUAAAAAUAAAUAAACACUUUUGUAACAAGA